AUUAAGCACGUCUUUUAGCAUUUUAGUUUUUAGUUUUUACCGAAAAGCAUAUAUUUUCGUUUAUUAACUACUAAUUACUAUCGAGUAUUCGAGUGUCAACUAAUAUUUUUCGAAAUUAAUUUGCUACCUCAAACGUUUUAUAUUUUAUUUUCUAAAUAAAUAUUAACCAUGCAUUUAUGUUAGUUGUAACACUUUAUAAAACGCGUUAAUCAAAGUCGUUGGCAAUGUUUGCUUUGAAGAAUUCGCUGGCCACAUUGGCUGGCCGCCGACUGCGUUGGGCUAGAUCGUUUCUGUCUGAGGCGUACAGGUGCGAUGACGUGUGGCAAGAACGGCUGGACUGUUCGUUGCUGAAGAAAGUCGAACCUGAAGUGCUGUACCACAAGUUGUCCUCCGCACUGGAACACGGGUCCAAGCAAAUUAGUGCCGUGGACCUAGACGUGUUCGCCAACUCGCUAACGGAUAGUACAUACUUGGAUGAAUUGGAGGAACUCACACAUAAGUUUCGUUUGUCGGCGCAGACUGGCACAAUGCUCCCGUCAACACAUCAUGCUGUUGUGCGAUUGUUUUUAGCGUCAAAUAGCGUCAACGACCUUAUCAGAAUAUUGAAGGAUCGGCUAAAUUACGGAAUUUUUCCUGACUACUAUUUGUGUAACUUACUAAUGGACCGUUUCAUUAAAGACAAUGAUAUUCGAAAUGCCACAGUGAUUGUUUCCAACCAAAUGUUACAAGAAGAACUAGACAAUGAUAUCACUAAAGCCAUGGGGUUAUAUUCCUGUUUGAAAUAUAUCACAAAUCCAACUGAAUGGGAAGAAGAAAAAAUAGAAACAAAAGAAACAAAUAAUGAUGACGACGACGAAGAAGAUAGAAGAGUACGUGUAGAUUUUUUGAGAAAUCCUUAUUUUGAUGAUCAUUUUGAUUUAGCAGACAGUGAUCACUUGAUCGGAAAAACAAUGUUAGCGAUUAGUAGUAAAAUUGAUAAUACUAUAUUGGGAAAUAGUUUUAAGACUCUUGGAUUAGCUUAUUAUAACCGAUGGAAUGAUUUAAGUAGUCAUCUAGAAAAAGUUAAUGGUUCUAUUCAUCUAGGAACAGUAGAAUUGGCAGUUACUGCAAUAGAUAAACGAGCACCUGAAAAUGCUGAGAAACUAAAAGAUGCACUUUCAAAAUUGCAAAUUGAAAACAAAAAUUUGACUGAUGAAACAAAUAAUUUUGUAAAUGAGGCAGUAACCAAAAAUGAAGAAACAGAAAUACAUAAUCAAAAAUCGAUUUACAAAAAAUGGGAAUCCUUCAGGCGAGAAGAGCUAUCUAGGUAUCUUGAACAUUUGAAUAAGUUAAAACGUUUACAGAAGGUUCAACAGGCAAAACAGGAUCUCAAAGAAAAAGAACAGUUGUUGUUCUUCUUUGAUAAUGAACACAAACAUGAUCUAGUUAAAGAAGAAAAAAUGAAACGAAUGAAAAAGACUGUAGUUAAAGACAAGACCCUUAAAGAUGAUUUAACAUAUGUACCACCAGAAAUCAGAAAACCCGGUUUCAAACGAGAUUAAAUUAUAAAUUAAGUUAAAUAUUACAUGGUAUAUAGUUAUAAUUAAUAAAUAUUCACUUUCAAAUCUUCAAAUUAUUUUGUUAAUAUCUUCUCUUGAUACUUAAGAAAUAUAAAAUUUGUUUGAUUAUUUUUUA